AUUUUGUUACUCAAAGCACCUUGUCCUACGAUAUGCACGGCAUCAUUAGUGCGAGAUUAAAAUGACACAUCCGCUUACAAGCAUGUCCCCUCCCCCCCUCUGCCACGGAGAUCCCCACGUGCAAGGAACGGCUUCUGGAAGGCUGAUUGCCAGCCACGUGGAGUUGAGUUUCUGGGGUGGCGUUGACCCCCAAACAGGCCAGGUUAUUGACCAACACCACCCCUUGAGUGGCCAUUCUCUAGAAGGUUGCAUCCUCGCCAUUCCAGGUGGCCGCGGCUCCUGUUCGGGCAGCGGGGUGAUGCUCGAACUCCUGCUCAACAACCGCGGGCCCAAGGCGAUACUGUUCGAGCGCCGGGAGGAGAUCCUCACCCUGGGGGUAAUGGUCGCGGAGGAGAUGUUCGACAGGGCAAUUCCAGUGAUAACAUUGAGCUCAGUCGACUUUCAGAGGGUGUUGAAACUUCAUGACACUUACAUCACGGUCGGUGACGGUUAUAUCUUCGACCAGGAGUUACCUGGGACAUUGCAUGAACUGCCUGACUGCCACUCUAAAAUACUGUCGGUGCUGACUACAAAGAUACAACUGUCCGAUGUGGAUAGAGCACUGAUUCAGGGCGAGUACGGAGAAGCCGCUCGCGUGGCCAUGCAGAUUGUCCUGCGAAUGUCCGAAUUAUUAGAGGUUCGCGAACUGAUCCCGGUCACCCAGGUUCAUGUCGAUGGCUGUAUCUAUACCGGGCCUGGAUCUCUCCUAUUUGCAGAGAAAUUGCGCGACUUGGGCGGCCAUGUCCUUGUUCCGACUACAUUGAACUCUAUCUCGGUCGACCAGAAGCGGUGGCGCGCCCAAGGCGUAGAUGUGGCGUUUGGGGAAGCGGCCGACCGGUUGGCCAAAGCAUAUAUGGACAUGGGUGCGCGGCCAACUUUCACAUGUAGCCCCUACCAGCUGGACAGCGCCCCUAAACUCGGAGAUCAAGUCGCUUGGGCGGAAUCUAAUGCUGUGGUGUAUGCCAACAGUAUCCUUGGGGCGCGUACCAUGAAGUAUCCGGAUUUUCUCGACAUCGCCAUUGCUCUCACGGGCCGGGCCCCGAAAGGAGGGCCGCAUGUUGAUACCAAUCGCCGAGCUUCACUGGUUAUCCGGUUGCACGAUGUUGAACGCCUGCACGACCUCGAUGACUCCUUUUACCCCGUUCUUGGCUAUCAUGUAGGGACGCUGGCAGCCACUCAGAUCCCGGUGAUCGUGGGCCUCGAAUCGCUCGCCCCGAACCGGGAUGACCUCAAGGCUUUUGGAGCAGCAUUUGCAACCGUCUCAAGUGCUCCGAUGUUUCACAUGGUGGGCAUCACACCGGAAGCAGAGACCAUAGAAGCCGCCAUCCGCCCCGGAACCCACCCACCUUGUGUGGAUGUGCAGAUUGAGGACCUCAUUCCCUGUUGGGACACACUGAACACUGCAUCAGAGUGCCAAACCGUGGAUCUUAUUUCCCUUGGGAACCCGCACUUUUCACUGAGGGAAAUUCGACGACUGGCUACUCUAUGUCAAGGGCAUACAAAAUGCGAGGGGGUGGCGGUGAUGGUAACCUGUAGUCGUGCGACAUACAGCUUGGCUGGUCAAGCCGGGCUUAUCCAGGAACUGGAGAGGUUUGGUGUCCGAUUCAUCACUGACACCUGCUGGUGUAUGAUUACAGAACCCAUCAUCCCACGUUCUCCGAAUGCCAUCAUGACGAACUCUGGGAAAUAUGCCCAUUAUGGCCCUGGACUGACGGGGCGGAAAUUCUACCUGGGCAGCCUGGCUCGGUGCGUUGACACGGCCUGCCAAGGGCGGCCAGUUGACCAUCGCCCAUCUUGGAUGGUGGAGAAGAUGUGAUUUACCAGUAUUCCUGGGGUACUGCCCGUACUCAAAAGGCAUCUCUCGAAGCAAACACCGUCUAAUCCCCGGCUUCGCACAUCCCUUUGAUGCCUGAGGCAUCAAUCCCUCGGUCGGCGACGCCACCUGACCCACUCGGGUGACUGUACCCGGUGGAUGGAAAGGAAUUCAUCUCUCCAGUUUCUGUUGGUGCAGUGAAUAGUAAGUUUUUCUCAAGCAAGAAGAGAUUCUGUCAGACAAUGCC